AGUCUUUUUUUGUCCGUUCUGCGCCAUCUUCGCACCUACUCCGGUCCAAAAGGGACUGGCACACCAAACACACAUUUUCUUUUCGUCUUGGAUUUUUUUUCUCUGGACACCACGGAGCCUCUCAACUCCCACGGCAUGAUGCCAGGAGUUGGCAGAAACGAAGAGGACGGUGAAGAAAACUCAUUUGAAAUGGACGAUUCUGUUGAUUAUGGGACGAGUGCACCGGCAGAAGGCGAGCAUGUCAAUCCAGUGGAAGAUUCACCCCCUUCUAAGAAGAAAAAGAGCAAGAAAACGAAAAAAGAGAAACGAAAAGAGGGGAAAUCUUCGAAGAAACGCAAGCGGUCGGCAGAUCGGGAAAGUGGUGGCGGGGAGAGUGACUCCCCUCUGAGUGAUGAUGGAGAGAUUAUAUUUAAACAUAAAAGCAAGAAAAAGAAAGAUACAUCUCCCAAGGAAAAGGAGAAGGACAUGGGACCCAAGAGCUCAUUGCAAUUGAUGCGGGAAUUUGGAAUUGAGGAAUUUGAGAUGGAAUACCAGGAAGAAGAUUAUGACAGUCUAAUCAACUACAAGCUCUUUUGCCAACACGUCCGUCCUUUGGUCAUCGAGAAUGCUCCCAACUUACCGACGACUAAGAUGACAACACUUCUUGCAUCCCUCUGGACUGAGUUUGCUGCUAGUAACCCAAAGAAGGGAAUGUCAAGACCACCACCUCCCCAGCUUCUCAUGUCUUCACCAGAGGCUCCACCCAAAGAGGCGACACCUGUGAAGGAGCCAGUAGUUCAAGAACAAAUAAAGGAGACAAAGGAAGUUGAGAAGGAUGUAGAUGUGGAAGAGACUAAAGAACCCAAGGAGGUCAAAGGUAAGAGUAAAUCUGCAAGCAAGGACAAAUCUAAAGGCAAGAAGAGAAAGGUUGCUCCACUUAAGAUCAAGAUCGGCGGCGGACAAGGAAGAAAAAGAAAAUCGCACUCAUCGAGUGAAAGUGGAAGUAACUUCAGUGAUCAGAUUCCAAGUGAUCUUUCGGAUGAGGAAGCGAAGAGUGCCCCCUCUGUUCAGUCUGACAGCUCAACAAGCCGAUCAUCGGCACGCAAGUUGAAGAAACCCCGUCCCAAGCCGACCUCUCUACAGAAGAAGAAAAAGAAAAAGAAGAAAGGGUCAGAAGAGGAUGGCUAUGAGACUGACCAUCAAGAUUACUGUGAGGUAUGCCAGCAGGGUGGUGAAAUCAUUCUGUGUGAUACUUGCCAUAGAGCCUAUCAUCUUGUCUGUCUGGAUCCUGAACUCGAAACGGCACCAGAAGGCAAAUGGAGCUGUCCUCAUUGUGAGACAGAAGGUGUUCCUGUACAGGAAGAGGAGCAAGAUGAACACAUGGAAUUCUGCAGAGAAUGUAAAGAUGGAGGAGAACUUCUAUGCUGUGACCAAUGCCCUUCAUCUUAUCACAUCUUCUGCCUUAACCCUCCCCUUAAGGAGAUACCAGAUGGAGAAUGGGUGUGUCCUAGGUGCUCAUGUGAACCACCAAAGGGCAAAGUUCAGAAGAUCCUGACCUGGCGCUGGACUGUUCCACCGGUCAACACUGACCCCCUGGACCCUGAGUGUGGAAGCCCAACCAAGAAAGAGCCUGGCUUUAAACCGACGAGAGAGUUCUUCUGUAAAUUUCACGGCAUGUCCUACUGGCAUUGUGACUGGGUCACAGAAAUGCAGAUGGAAGUUUUCCACAUCAUUCUUUACCGUAACUACACCCGCAAGUUUGACAUGGAAGAGCCACCACCACUAGAAGAUGGUGAGACAUAUGGAGGAAAUUGGCGUCUGAAGGCAAGGAACAAAGGAAAAGAAGUUGAAGAGCAUCACAUCAACUUGGAGGAGAAGUUCUACCGCUAUGGUGUUCAGCCUGAAUGGUUACAGAUCCAGAGGAUCAUUAACAAGCAGGUACGACAUCGAAGUGGUAAGACGUUAUACUUGAUCAAAUGGCGUUCUCUUCAGUAUGAUAACUGUAGCUGGGAAGAAGGAGAUUUAAUUCGAGAGAUACCUGAUGGUUCAAAACACAUUGAAUACUACACCUCCCAUAAGAAAAACAUGCAUACACCCAUAGAAACAAAGAGUGGAAAGAAGAAGAAAGGAAAGAGCAAGAAAAGUAAAAAAGAAGAAGAAGAAGAAGAAAAGGAGAAAAUAGAUGGCAAGCGAAGGCGGGAGGAAGAGGACGAGGAAGAAAGAGACGAUAUUAAAGUAGAUCCGAAGAAGAAGUAUGAGGAGCAGCCAGCAUACAUCACAGCCUGUGGUGGUAACCUACAUGACUACCAGCUAGAAGGAUUAAAUUGGUUGAGAUACUCGUGGGCACAUCGGCUUAGCUGUAUCCUCGCUGAUGAGAUGGGUCUAGGGAAGACUAUCCAGACAAUCGCAUUGUUGUACUCGCUCUAUAAAGAGGGUUUGAGUAAGGGGCCUUUCCUGAUCAGUGCACCUCUUUCUACCAUUAUCAAUUGGGAGAGAGAGUUUGAAUUCUGGGCACCAGACUUCUACGUGGUGACAUACUGCGGGGACAAGGACAGCCGAGCUACCAUCAGAGAGCAUGAAUUCUCCUUUGAGGAAGAUGCAGUACGUGGAGGCAAGAAAGCUUACAAGAUGAAGAAAGACUGUGUAGUGAAAUUCCACGUCCUUCUUACAUCAUACGAGUUGAUCACCAUUGAUACUACUACCCUACAAUCUGUAGACUGGGAUGUCUUGGUGGUUGAUGAGGCUCAUAGACUCAAGAAUAAUCAGUCUAAGUUCUUCAGGAUUUUGACCCAGUACAACAUUGGACACAAGCUGCUUCUAACUGGUACCCCGCUGCAGAACAACCUAGAAGAGUUGUUUCAUUUACUCAACUUCAUGAGCCAGGAAGAAUUCUCUAAUCUACAGGUUUUCUUGGAUGAGUUUGAAGAUAUCUCUAAAGAGGAUCAGAUUAAGAAGCUUCAUGACAUGUUGGGUCCCCACAUGCUUAGACGUCUCAAGGCAGAUGUCUUGAAAGGAAUUCCUUCCAAGAGUGAAUUCAUCGUUAGAGUUGAUCUCAGUCCCAUGCAGAAGAAAUACUACAAGUACAUUCUGACCAGGAAUUUUGAAGCUUUGAAUGCCAAGGGUGGUGGGAAUCAUGUGUCACUCCUCAACGUUAUGAUGGAUCUUAAGAAAUGUUGCAAUCAUCCUUAUCUGUUCCCUACAGCUGCACAGGAAGCUCCACGUAUGGCACACGGUGCCUUUGAGCCCAAAGCUUUGGCAAAAGCUUGUGGAAAACUCAUCCUUCUGCAGUCUAUGCUGGAGAAACUCAAAGAGGACAACCAUAGAGUUCUUAUCUUUUCUCAGAUGACUAAAAUGUUGGACAUUCUUGAAGACUUCCUUGAGGGAACCGGUUAUAAAUAUGAGCGAAUUGAUGGAGGUGUCACUGGUAGCCUGCGUCAAGAAGCUAUUGACAGAUUUAAUGCACCUGGAGCUGAGCAGUUUGUUUUUCUACUGUCCACAAGAGCUGGUGGUCUGGGUAUUAAUUUGGCCACAGCAGACACCGUGGUCAUCUUUGAUUCAGAUUGGAAUCCUCAUAAUGAUAUCCAAGCUUUCAGUCGAGCUCAUCGAAUUGGUCAAUGUAACAAAGUCAUGAUAUAUCGAUUCGUCACUAGGUUCUCAGUGGAGGAGAGAAUUACACAGGUUGCCAAGAAGAAGAUGAUGUUGACUCAUCUCGUGGUUCGGCCAGGUCUUGGAUCUGCAGCCAAAGGAGCCAUGUCUAAGAAAGAACUGGAUGAUAUUCUUAAGUUUGGUACGGAUGAACUCUUCAAGGAUGAGCUCAAACAAGAUGAUGGCAAUGAGGGAACAAUCACAUGGGACGAUCGUUCUGUUAAUGAUCUACUUGAUCGUACUAAGGAGGGUAUUGAACAGAAAGACAUGGCUGAUGAUUAUCUUAACUCCUUCAAGGUGGCUAGUUAUGUCAUCAAGGAAGAAGAAGAAGAGGAGGAAGAGCCGGAAGUUGAGACGGAAGUCAUUAAGCAGGAAUUGGAGCCUUCCGACCCUGCCUACUGGGAGAAGCUUCUUCGACACCACUAUGAACAGCAACAGGAAGAUCUCGCUCGUACUUUGGGCAAAGGCAAACGUGUCCGCAAGCAAGUCAAUUAUAAUGAUGCUGGACAGGAUGACUCGAGCGGAAUGAGAGGAAAGGGUUGGGAUAACAAGAUGAGUGACAACUACAGCGAUUACUCACACUCAGACAACGAAGAAGAUGAUGAAGACUUUGAUGAGAAAUCAGAAUUACGUCCAAGACGUAGAGACAGAGACAAGCUGCCUCCUCUCCUUGCAAGAGUUGCUGGUGCGAUCGAGGUUUUAGGUUUCAACACUCGACAGCGUAAGGCAUUCUUGAAUGCCAUAAUGCGAUGGGGAAUGCCUCCUCAAGAUCCUUACAAUUCCCAGUGGUUGGUUCGAGAUCUACGCGGUAAACCGGAAAAGCAUUUCAAGGCGUAUGUUGCUCUCUUCAUGCGGCAUCUUUGUGAGCCGGGAUCUGAUGGGGCUGAUACAUUUGCUGAUGGAGUACCAAGAGAGGGGUUGUCAAGACAACACGUACUGACUCGUAUCGGAGUAAUGAGUCUCAUACGCAAAAAGGUGCUUGAAUUUGAGCCAAUCAACGGCAGCAUCAGUGUUCCUGAGCUCGUUCCUAACCCCUCAACCGUCAUGGAUAACUUUAAAUCCGAUUCCCGUAAGUCGUCUCGUACAGCUUCCCCAGCGCCAACCCCAGGCAGCACUGAUUCCCCGGUUCCCACACCAGGUACUGCCGCAUCUCCAGCUACUACAGUAGACUCUAAGCAGGAAGACUCGGAGGGUGUCAUUGAGGUAAAUGAUAAAGAUGCAACAACUACUGAGACUAAGAAGGUAGCAGCUGCUGAGGAUGAGGCUAAAACAAAACCAGAUGAAGAGGAGAAGAAGACUGAUAAGGAAGUUGACAAGGAUGUUGAGAAGGAAUCAGAGAAGGAUGCAGAGAAGGAGGUUGAUGAACCGAUGGAGGUUGAUAAGAAAGAAGAGGAUGGAGAUAAGAAAACUGACGAAGAAGAAGAAGUUGUAGUUGAGAAGGACGCGACAGAUAAGAAGCUAGACAUAGAGGAAAACGAACCCAAGGAAGAUGAAGAUGCAAAGAACAAAGAUGAGGAGAAGAUGGAGACAAACCAAGAUGAUGCCACGGAAAAACAAGAAGAAAAGGUCACAGAGAAACUAGCAGAGAUAUCAUCGGAGGAAAAAGAGAAGGACGGAGAGAAGGAAGGAGAGCCCGAGGAGAAUAUCAAAGAGGAUGAGAAACUGAAUGUGGAGGAAAUAAAAGAAGACAAGGAGAAAGUUGUCUCUAAAGAUGAGGAUGAAGAAAAGAAAAACGCUGAAGAGGUAAAAGAAGACACAGAGAAGCAGGAAAAGAGUUUAGAAACAGACAAGAAGGAAAUAAGUGAAGAAACAAAAGAUGACAUCGAGGAUGAGAAAGAAAAGGAUGCUGUGGCCAAAGACACUAAAGAGGACACUAAAGAGGAUACUAAAGAGGACACUAAAGAGGCCUCGGAUGUUAAGAAAGACAGUAAAACUGAGAAAGAGGAAGAUAACGAUGUCGAGGAAGUGACGGAAGUCAAAGAUGAGACAAAGAAAUCUGAUAAGAAGGAAGAGCUGAAGAAGAUAGAGAAGAAAGAGAAGCGUCUGUUUGUGUUUAACAUUGCAGAUGGAGGUUUCACUGAGCUUCAUACUCUGUGGUUGAAUGAGGAACGAGCAGCCAAGAGUGUUGGGGAGAGAGCGUCUGAAAUAUGGCAUCGUAAACAUGACUUCUGGCUACUCAGUGGCAUUGUCAAACAUGGCUAUGGAAGGUGGCAGGACAUUCAGAAUGAUCUAUGUUACGCAAUCAUCAAUGAGCCCUUCAAGGUGGAUCUGGGCAAAGGAAACUACCUUGAAAUCAAGAAUAAGUUCCUUGCUAGAAGGUUCAAGCUUCUGGAGCAAGGCUUAGUAAUUGAAGAGCAACUCCGUCGUGCAGCCUACCUCAACCUAACCCAGGACCCCAAUCAUCCAGCGAUGGCACUCAAUGCUCGCUUUGCUGAAGUAGAAUGUCUUGCAGAAAGCCAUCAACACCUAUCUAAGGAGUCACUUGCUGGUAAUAAACCAGCUAAUGCUGUCUUGCAUAAAGUAUUGAAUCAAUUGGAGGAACUCCUGAGUGAUAUGAAAUCUGACGUGGCACGUCUACCAGCUACUCUAUCUCGUAUCCCUCCCGUCGUUGCUCGUCUUCAGAUGUCUGAACGUAGCAUCUUGAGUCGUCUUGCCAACCGAGAUGGACAGUCCACACAGGGUCACUCCUCACAACCUCCACAACAGAUUGCUCAACCUCUAUCCCAGGGGGUGAGCAAGCCUCCAGCCGCGUCAUCUUCAUCUUCGGCUGGUAAUCCAUUUACCAGUUAUAGCACAAAGAGUGGUGGGAACCAGCAAGCCAGGCGGCCAAUCAUUCACCACGGCCCGGCUCAGUUCACAGGCUUGCAGCAGAAUCAUUAUGGACAGACGAUUCAAACCAUACCACAAGGCAAUGUCCAAGUCCUACCAGACCCAACAGCUCACACAGUCGUCUUGAAGGGUUUGCCUAGUACCUCAACUACUCAACCCUCUGGAAGUAACUACUAUACUACAAUGCUUAGCAAUGCCUCAAGCGCCAUCUCAAAUUCAGUUGUGGUGAGCAAGGAUAUAAUGGGCUUACUACCUGAUGCCCCUCAUAAGUCCUCACGAGAAAAGCACAAAGGUCAUCAUCGUCAUCAUCACAAGUCAAAGGGAAAGACACAAAGCAGAGAUGAGCACAGAAAUUCAUCUAAGCAUGCGGCUUCUUCUUCCACUUCACUUUGACCCAAAAAUGUCUGUGCCUGAUGAAGAUUCACUUCAUGAGAUUCUAUCUAGAGCAAGAAGACAACAUUUUCAAGAUGAAGAAGAAAGUUUAGGGAUAUUUUGAUGACUCAAGGCAUUGUUGAGACACCCAUUGUCAUUUUACCUUGUACAAGCCUGAAGCUUUUGCAAAGUUGAAGGAAAUAGGCAAGGCAGGAAAUUAACAAAACUUUGUUCAAAAGACAUCUUUUGUUUGCGUACAAUUUGUUGUUAUUUAUGUUCAGAAGUAUUUACUGUGUAACAACAAUGAUUGCUUCUGACUAAGAGCCUACUAGUAAGUCAUUAUUAUUCCAAGUUAAAUUGGCGACUCAAUGACCAAACCUCUGAAUCUAUACGCUUUUGUGAACAAUCAAACAAGUUUUGGUUGGUAGAAUUUUAUGCAUUGUGUUCCUCACAUUAUCUUGAACGCUCAAAUUAAUGUUUUUGUUGGUGCGAUCACAGACCAUAGGAUCUAACAAAGUUGAUAAAAAUGUUGGAAUCCAUCUUUUAUGCGAUGUGUUUUUUAAAACCCACCAUUAUUUUUGAAACCCACCUUUUUGAUUUGCUCAAACGUCUCACGCACUGUUUCACAAACUUUUGACAGCUCUGUAGGGUGGUGGUGGAGGUGGUUAGGUUAGGUUAACAAAGUGCUGCUGCUGCUGGUUGUCCGCUUACACUCUUUGAAUCAAGAUAAGGUACAACAUUGGUACUAUUAGCUGCUACUCACAGGCCCAAAGUGCUGCUGCUGCUGGUUGUCCGCUUACACUCUUUGAAUCAAGAUAAGGUACAACAUUGGUACUAUUAGCUGCUACUCACAGGCCCAAAGUGCUGCUGCUGCUGCUGGUUGUCCGCUUACACUCUUUGAAUCAAGAUAAGGUACAACAUUGGUACUAUUAGCUGCUACUCAUAGGCCCAAUUUUAUCUAGCUGCUGCCUAACGACAAAAAAUGGCUAAGCAUAAAAAUAAACAUAUAUGCUUACCAGAAAAUUAUUAAGCAAUAUUUUCUGCUUUGGCAGCUCUAUGAAAUUUGGCUCUGGUCUGAAUCUAGAAAUGUAGCUUAGCAGCUCUUCUCUGUAAAACCCAUUCUAUCCUGGUCUAAAUCUAGAAAUGUAGCUUAGCAGCUCUUCUCUGUAAAGCCCUUUCUAUCCUGGUCUGAAUCUAGAAAUGUAGCUUAGCAGCUCUACUCUAUAAAACCCUUUCUGUCAUGUGAAUAAUAAUACGUCAAUUUGACAUGUUUUUUCACUGGCAGAAUUCAACAACUCAAACUAUUAUUUGUUUUCAGAAAUAGAGAACUUGAUUUGUUUUCACUGGUGCUGUACCAUAUCUUUAAACGAAACUCUCAGCUUUAAUGUAAACUGUUUUUGUAUUAUAUGGAUGUGAAUGCUGCAAUGAUAGUAGUGUGUUCAGAGUAUUUUUGUUAAAACUAAAUUACUAUUAACUAAAGACAAUAAGUCUAUCACUUUAUAAGCAAGCGUCCGUUUUCUUAGAGCUACUAAGCUGAUGAUAUUGCUAAGGACUGUUGCCAUAUGGAAACAGAUUACCAGUUAAAGCUCAAUCUGGUGUAUACGAAAUCGUGACUGGUCUCUGACUUAUUUGUGCCAAGCAUGUUGCUUAGCGAGAGUUUUGGACUUGGUAGCUUUAUGAGAUGAGAUGAGACGAUGUGUGUAUAGCAAGAUAACAUAGUUUAACAAUGGAGCAAGUUGUCUCCAUGCAUGUCGUUAAAGUUGUACCAGCUUUCGUAUUUGUAUUCGUAAAGUUUAAAUUCUUGUUUAAUCUGGUCUCAGAAUAACCCUCGAGGCGAUUUCACCGUUGCUUUUUAAGGGCCCAAAUUCUUUUGUCCUUAAAUAGUUCAAGAAGCCUACCACAAACACUACCCUACAAAACUUAUUUAGAAUUCACCGAGUGACAAGAACUUUAAUUAUAAAGGGUUUCAACUUGGAAGAAUAUUUUGAUGUUAUGAAAUGAAAAGACACAUUACUAACUUGGUUCUUGGAAGUUUUUCCAACUCUGUUAAGCUCACUUGUCAAGCACCUUUAAUGAGCUAGUUCUUCCCAAGAUAACAUCACAAUUAUGACACUACCCUCCGUAGCCAAAAACAAACAUUAAACAUAAUGCGUAUUCCUUGGUGUUUAGUUGUAUUCAUGUUCAGGAGUUGGGAACAAAACGUCCAGUUUAACAUGUAUAUAUUGAUAUCUGUGUUUUUGUCCAAUCGCUCGUUUUAAAGUGUAUUGGAAUAUACAUAUUUAAUUGCUUUGCAUUAUUUUUGUAUGAAAAUUUAAACAUUUUGUGAGAAAAGUAAAGGCGCAGACAUUUCCUAAGGUUGUUUGAAGACCAAAUUUAGUGAGAAAUUGUUUAAUUUACCACUGAUAACUACAUGUAUAGUACAGGCCAAAUACUAAAGUGUAUCCCAUACAGCAAGGCUAGAAAAUACUAGAGCCCAAUUUUUUGAAGUUGAUAAACGAAAACCCUCUAAGCAGAAAAAUGUCACCAGCCAAAGUCCUGUGUACUUUCUGUUGCAAUUGGUGCAAGACUUAUAAAUAUUGGCCACGGAAUAUUUUCUGCUUAAUAAUAAAAACCAAGUCUUUUGAAGUUGUUCCCAGUAUGGUUUAUGACUGUGCUGGUUCAGGGCAGUUUGUGUUGAAGCUUUGAAAAGAAUUGUUUCUA